UUUUUCCCUCUACUUUCCAUUUUCCUUUACUAUUUAAUCCAAAGUCUCACUUCCCCAUACCUUGGUUUUAUUACACCCCAACAGUUCAUCCCACUUUCUCUCUCUUUUCAUCUAUCUAUGCUUUCACAAGCACCAAACUGGGAGACAGGCAGCCACCUCCCCACCCUCGCCCUUCACUUCUUCCCCUCUCUUCAAUAAUUCUCUCUUUUGGGGUUCUAAAAAGUUCCAUCUUGCAGAACUCCAAGGGAUAAAUAUUCCUUUUCUUUCUUCCCCUCUCUAUCCAUCCAUUUCUUCUCUUUCUUUUUUUCUUCAGUUUCAAAAUUAACUUCUUUGAGCUUUGGGGAAUAAGCCAAAUUCUGGGUGUGUGUGUGUGUUUUUUUUUUCCUUCCUGGUUAACUUAAGCCUUAGUUAUUGGGUUAUUUCUAGAAGGAAAGGUGGUGUUGCUGAUACUGAGAUUCCCUCAAGUUUUAGACUUAUCUUGGAGUCCGAUCAGAUCUUGGAAUAACGAUGAUGUUCGAUGAGAUGACUAUGUGUGGGGAUAUGAAUUUCUUCAGUGCUCCGCUGGGGGAAAAAGAUGUUGCAGUCUCACAGAGUGAAGCAGAGGCCACUGUCGAGGAUGAUUAUACUGAUGAAGAGGUUGAUGUUGAUGAACUUGAGAGGAGGUUGUGGAGGUACAAAAUGCGUCUCAAACGGCUUAAAGAGCAGCAUAAGGGCAAGGAGGGGAUUGAUAUCGCGAAGCAGCGCCAGUCCCAAGAGCAGGCGAGGAGAAAGAAGAUGUCGAGGGCACAGGAUGGAAUAUUGAAGUACAUGUUGAAGAUGAUGGAAGUUUGCAAGGCUCAAGGUUUUGUUUACGGGAUUAUUCCGGAAAAGGGAAAGCCGGUAACUGGAGCAUCUGACAAUCUUCGAGAAUGGUGGAAGGAUAAAGUCCGGUUUGAUCGUAAUGGUCCUGCUGCUAUUGCUAAGUACCAGGCUGAUAAUUUGAUUCCUGGCAAGAAUGAUGGCUGUAACAACAUCGGGCCAACGCCACACACCUUACAAGAACUCCAAGAUACAACUCUUGGUUCUCUUUUGUCUGCACUGAUGCAACAUUGUGAUCCCCCUCAGAGGCGGUUUCCUUUGGAGAAAGGUGUUCCCCCACCAUGGUGGCCUACUGGCAACGAGGAAUGGUGGCCACAACUGGGAUUGCCCAAAGAUCAAGGUCCUCCUCCUUAUAAGAAACCUCAUGACUUGAAGAAGGCAUGGAAAGUGGGGGUUCUCACGGCAGUAAUCAAGCAUAUGUCUCCUGAUAUUGCCAAGAUUCGCAAGCUUGUAAGGCAGUCUAAGUGCUUGCAGGACAAGAUGACAGCAAAGGAGAGUGCAACUUGGCUCGCUAUCAUUAACCAGGAGGAGGCCUUGGCACGAGAGCUUUACCCUGAUUCCUGCCCACCUUUGUCCUCAUGUGGAGGAAGUGGGUCUUUUGUUAUAAAUGACUGCAAUGAGUAUGAUGUUGAAGGGGCUGAAGAUGAGCCAAACUUUGAUGUACAAGAGCUCAAACCCGGGCAUCUCAAUACAUCUAAUUUCAGCAUGGAUACAAUGAGGGCUGUCCAACAACAAUCGUAUCCUAUUAAGGGAGUUGUCAAUAAUUUGGAUUUCAUGCGAAAGAGGAAGCCAUCCGAUGAUUUGAACAUGAUGGAACACAAGAUCUACACUUGUGAGUUCCUCCAGUGCCCUUAUAGUGAACUCCGCCUGGGUUUUCAUGACAGGACUGCCAGGGACAAUCAUCAAUUAACUUGUCCUUUCAGAAACUCUUCUGCGCAGUUUGGCGGUUCAAAUUUUAACGUGAAUGAAGUGAAACCAGUCAUUUUCCCUCAACCUUUUGCACCAUCCAAGCCAACUGCACCAUCUAUUACAUCUGCUCCAACACCCUAUGAACUAUCAGGACUCGGAGUUCCAGAAGAUGGGCAGAAAAUGAUCAGUGACCUCAUGUCAAUAUAUGAUAACAACAUUCAAGGCAACAAAAACAUGAAUCCCGGUAACAAUCCAGGUACUGAAGGUCAAAACCUCCUCCAGUCGAAAAGCCAACCUCAACAAGAUGAAUUCUUCAACGGUCAUCAAGGAGUCAUGAUGGAGGGGAAUUUCUUCGAGGAGUCCAGCAUGCCUCGUAAUCAUCAGAUGUUUAUGCAAGGGGAAGGUCAAUUUGACCGUUUUAAGGGUUUGAAUUCUCCGUUCGAGGCCAACCACAAUAACAACAGCUUCCAGUUGAUGUUUGGUUCUCCGUUCGAUCUGGCUUCUUUUGAUUACAAGGAAGAUCUACAAGCUGUUGGGGUCGAUACCAUGCCAAAGCAGGAUGUUUCAAUCUGGUUUUGAGUAACAAAGGUCAGGUCACAAGUGGUAAUCCCCACUAAGGCCUGCCGACACAUGCAUUAGCUAAAAACCUUAUGUUUUUUUUUUUUUACUUGGUGGUUGUAUUUAUCUUCAUGCUUGUAGUUGUUAGAAGUUGGCAAGUUUUAUCAGGUCUUCAUAUGGGCUUUCAAUAAAAACAAAAAGUCCCAUAAUCUUGCAACUGAUUUACAUAGAAUAUUACUGUCUCAUAAAUAAGUUUAUAUGUAUUA